AAAUGUGUACGGAAGUACUCACACUUCUCUUCUUGGUCGUAGAAAGCAGCUCAAUGAUCGUGAAGUUCAAUGAACCCCCCGUGAAUUCGGGGCUGUUAUCAUUUUAUAGACUUCUAGUCCUGUCACUAUGAUUCAGUGAUGCCUGUCCAACCUAAAAACGGCGGAUAUUUCUUUAACUUCACUCUUGAUCGAAGUUUUAAAGAGUCCAAAAUGAGCUCUCAGGAUAUACUGAGGAAUGCAUCAACUUUAGCAUCGUACAAUGUGUUGCUACAGGUGAUGUUUCGUGUUCUCACCUUCAUGCUGAACGCGUUCACUCUCCGGUUUGUGUCCAAAGAACUAAUUGGGGUUGUCAAUGUCAGGCUGACACUUCUGUAUUCCACAUUAGUGUUUCUAUCCAGAGAGGCUUUCCGCAGAGCCUGUUUGAGUGGGGAAUCAGGGACACAUCGCAGCUGGAGACAAGUUAUUAAUCUCCUAUGGCUCACGAUUCCUCUUGGUGUUUUAUGGGCCAUCCUUCUUGGCUGUGUGUGGCUGUGGUUCCUGGAGGUCCCAGAUGCCCAGACCGUUCCUUAUUACGGUCAGGCUGUGGUUUUGUUUGCCUUUUCAGGAGUUCAGGAGCUCCUGGCCGAGCCCCUCUGGGUUUUAGCUCAAGCUCACAUGUUUGUGAGGCUGAAAGUAGUCGCUGAGAGCUUAGCGAUGGUCGCGAAAUGCAGUGUAACUGUGGUGUUGGUGGUAUUUGCUCCAGAAUGGGGUCUUUACAUCUUCUCUGCUGCUCAUUUGGUGUAUACAGGGUUUCUGGUGUUAUGCUAUGCUGUUUAUUUCAUCCGUUUCCUGGGGUCCAAAGAGGCAGUGAAGAAGAAUUUCCCACUCUACAGUGUGACAGAUUUACUGCCUCGCAGGCAUUACGAAGAGCCGCUGGUAGACUGGACUCUUGCCCGACUCACAUGGAGCUUCUUUAAGCAGUCCUUCCUGAAACAGAUCCUGACAGAGGGGGAGCGCUACGUCAUGACCUUCUUGAACGUCCUCAGCUUUGGGGACCAGGGUGUUUACGACAUCGUCAACAACCUGGGAUCCAUGGUGGCGCGCUUUAUCUUCCUGCCCAUUGAGGAAAGCUUCUAUAUCUUUUUUGCCAAAGUGUUAGAGCGAGGCCGUGACGUCCGUAGUCAAAAACAGGAAGAAGCCGCCGUUGCCGCCGAGGUCCUGGAGCACCUGCUGAAACUGGUGCUGGUGAUUGGGAUGAUUAUCACAGUGUUUGGAUAUGCCUACUCUCACUUGGCUCUGGAUAUUUAUGGCGGGGCUCUGCUCAGUAAUGGAGCAGGGCCCAGCUUGCUGCGAUGCUACAGCUGCUACGUCCUCCUGCUCGCUGUAAACGGUGUAACGGAGUGCUUUGUUUUCGCCGCCAUGAGCCAGGAGGAGGUUGACAAGUAUAACCUGGUGAUGCUGGCCCUGUCCGUGUCCUUCCUCCUCCUGUCCUACAUGCUGACGUGGUGGGCCGGCGGCGUGGGCUUUAUUCUGGCAAACUGUCUCAACAUGGGCCUCCGUAUUGUACACAGUCUGCUCUACAUCCAGCGUUACUUCCACUCCAGCCAGUGGAAACCCCUCCGAGGCCUCGUCCCUUCUCCGCUGCUGCUCCUGGCCCUCGCCUUCAGUGCGGUGGUGACAGCUGUUUCUGAGGCGGCUCUCUGCUGUGACGGCGGCUGGUUGCUCAGGCUGCUCCACAUCGGUGUGGGAGGGGCGUGCCUCCUCCUUGUUCUCGGGGCCGUUCUUCUCACAGAGACUCAGCUGGUUCAGUUUGCGAGGACUCAGCUUUUGCCACGAUACAGGAAGAAACAUUCUUGAAUCUGCCAAAGAUCAUCAGAGAAAGCAAACUGUCCCAACUACAAAGAGAAAAGAUGCUGAUCAGUAGUUACUGCAAAUGGGAAAGGUGGAGGGGAGGGGGGAAAUCUUUAUUUGUUUCCUGUUU